ACAAGAACAGCGACCACUACACUAAGACAUGGCCAACACAAACCACGGUGCUGUACAGCAGGCAGCAGCGACUGAGCCCAUCAAAUUCCUUAGUAAAGAAGAGGCGAAGGCCCUGGAGGGUGAACUCUAUGAAGAAUACAGAUUUGGACAGCAGCAAUUGAUAGAGAUCUCUGGGCACAGCUGUGCCAUGGCAAUAGCGAAGGCUUUUCCACGGAGCUCGCUGUCAAAGAAACAGCCAACGAUAUUGGUGAUCUGUGGCCAGGAGCAGAAUGGAGCUAUUGGUCUGGCAUGCGCGAGACACCUUCAUACAUUUAACUACGAACCAACCAUUUAUUACCCAAAACGUUCCUGCAAACCCACCUUCCUGGACUUCACAGUUCAAUGCGAGAAAAUGGAUAUUCCAUUCCUGUCCUACCUUCCAGCUGAGGUCCAGCUGAUCAAUGAUGCCUAUAACCUGAUAAUAGAUGCUGUGCUGGGACUCUCAGACGAGACAGGAUUGAAGGAGCUGUACGCCAACAUCCUGGCCACGAUGAAACAUGUGAAAAUUCCGAUAAUUAGCAUUGAUGUCCCUUCAGGCUGGGAUGUCGAAAAGGGGAACACUGAGGGCAUCAAUCCAGAAGUCCUUGUUUCCUUGGCAGCACCAAAGAAAUGUGCCACACAAUUUUCCGGAAAGUUCCACUUUCUCGCUGGUCGUUACCUUCCUGAUGACCUACAGAAGAAAUACGAGCUUAAUCCCCCAGACUACCCGGGAACCGACUGCAUCGUACAACUUUAA